UUCAAAGGAAUCGAGUCGUGGGCCUCGUGGCUAUUGCGCUGAAAAUUGAAAACUGCGCCGUUUUGCUUCCGCUCCGCAUGGUUUUGUUUUUGAUCUACGUAGCUUGCUCAUGCUGCCUGCAUUUCUUACGACUGUUCGGUUCAAAUGAAAUUGUAAGAUCGCAUUGGGUACAUAAUUUUAUGCACACAGCUCACUGACGCACCUGAACGGAAGAACACUGCAACCUUUAGAUUCUAAAUUUAAUAACAUUAUCGUCGCAAGAUUCGCAGUAAUGGGCAUCACGGCAUUGUCAUUCUUCGUAUUUUUUCUAUUUCUCUUUAGGGUUUUAUGAACAAGAAGGGGAUCAGAUUUCUUUUGUAACUGGAAACAAUCCCCCAUGAGAAAGGUUACCAGUAGCAUAUACCCCGUUAAAAAUAUGUAAGCAUCCGCAGUAUGCAGUGGCUUCCGUCACGCGUGCAUUUGCAAAAAUAUGAAUAUUAAUGCAAUACUUUCACAGGUUUUUUUCAGUUUCACCGCAUGACACAUUAGCUGCGUGACGAAAAUCCUUGUCGCCCACUGCAAUUUUCAAAAAUUUAACGAUUAGACCGGUCCUGCUGACACUGAAACAUAGAUAUUACGGUCUAAAUGUAACAAGUAGAUCAGCCUGAAUUUCUCUCUUUCGAAAACAUUCUCACCGCACCAACUCGAAUUAAGAAAAACGAGCUCAUGUAAUAUGGGCGGGGUUGCAGUGAGAUCAUAUCCUUUUUCUUGCUACUACUAGCCGUUACCCUUCGGUUUUUAAUGAGCAGCCAUGGAGAACAAUAGAUGAAGAUGUGUAUAUAAUUAAUUAUACUGGGGCCUCCUUUCAAGCGCUCGCGUUCUGUUAUACUUGCCUGCUCACCGCGUUUGAUGAGCAGAGGCUUGAGGAGUAAACUAAGCUAAUUUGCUGCGCGCGCGCGGAAGCAGAGUCAUGUUUUAAAUGCGGUAAACAGUUUAAGAAAAGUGCUGCCGCUAUACAAGACACCGCCCGGCCACCAAACGCAAUUGUUAGGUUGGUUAAUGCACUUCGUUACACAUAUUCAAAUAUCCAAUUGCCAACGCCGUGCACACAUUGUGGACAAUUAUCACGGUUCACGGCGCUUAUGCGCCGGACUAGCUGGAAAAACCAUGUGGAUUAUAGCAUGGGUUGCUCUGGAUUUAUUUAUCACUCACGCGUUGGCCGACUUGUCACCCCCCGCAUCCGACAACAAUGCCAUAUGGGACCGACCCAAGCUCAAAUACGACAAUUAUUCCUUCAUGGCAUUAUUGCCCAAUCCCGAUAUGGUACAGAGCGGAAGUCUAUCCGCGUGGAAUGCCACAUCCUCGAUAAAUGACUUCGACAACACCAUUCCCACGUUCGAAUACACCAAUACAUCCGGUGACCUCGCAUCCGCUGCCAGCGGCUACUCCCCCUCAGUGGCACGCGGCUGGGGACCGGAAGGCCGGCAAUACCAGGAGGACAGUGGUGGCGGUGGCGGCGACUACUCCAAAGCCUACAUGCCGCUGAUAACGUAUUUUGAUGUGAAAUGUGAUAAACGCGGCAUGCAUGUCCAUAUUGAAUUCAACAAACCCUUCAACGGGAUCAUCUUCAGUAAGGGAUUCUUCAAUUCGCCCGAUUGCCGGUAUGUGGCGGGGAAGAGUUACGGGCGGAUAUAUGAUUUCACUGUCCCCGUGGACUACUGCGGCACAACGGGGGAGGAUCACGCCAAGGAUUAUAAGGAUUCCUACUAUGAGAAUACCAUUAUUAUACAGUUUGAUGAGUACAUCCAGGAAGUCUGGGAUCUGGCCAAGACUAUCCGCUGCGAAUGGAAUGCCUAUUAUGAUAAGUCAGUAGCGGUGCGGCCGUAUAAUGUCGGCAAUUUGGAUCCGGUGCUGUACCGGUUCAACGGUGACAAUAUAGAAUCCUGGAUACAGAUUCAGAAGGGCAAAGGUCCGUGGGCGGAAGAGGUGUAUGGGAUCGUCAAAGUAGGCGAUCCAUUGACGGUGGUUAUUGGCAUUCGUGAUUACGAGGGUAAAUUCGAUAUGUCGGUGAAAGACUGUUUCGCCACGGAUGGCUACGGUGGGCGUGUCCAGCUGACCGACUACUACGGUUGCGUAGUGCGCGAUAAGAUAAUGAGUCCUUUCCGUAAAGUGCGAGACUACGGUCAGCAAGCCACCGUGGUAGCCUAUGCCUACUUCCAGGCCUUCAAAUUCCCCGAUCGCUAUGAAGUGGGCAUUAAAUGCAAUAUUCAGGUGUGCUUGGGCAAAUGUCAAGGUGGCUGUCCCGGGGAUUAUGGUGGUGGCGGCGGCGGUUAUGAGAAGCCACGCGGUGAUUACCAGAAUGAGCCCGGAUAUGCUGCACCGCCGGAUUAUGGCGCCGGAGGCGCCUAUUCCAGCGUCAAUCCCACGGCACAGAGAGUCGAUCUGUCGCAAUUCGGUCCCGGUCCCUAUGUGCCGGAUAUACCGCCCGCGCCGCCCGGUGCACCACCGUACCAGGGAUCCUAUGACACCGAUCACGUGAUCGGAGUGGACACCGCGGUGGCUGCGACAUCGGACAUUAAUAAUGUGGAUGUACCUAGUAAGAGCAAAGGCCCACCACCACCGCCCGGCGCCGGUCCUGGACCGACUCUGGAUCCCUACCGACGAAAGCGUGAUGUGGAAAAUAUCACCAGUGACAAUAGCACAACACUGACGGUCGUUGUCACCACUACGACAUCCACACUGCCCACGGAAUCAUCAUCAUUUGCGGCAUCCAGUUCAACCCGGAAAGCGGAGGCGCACUCACGGAAGCCCCACCGCGAAGCCAAAAUCGUGCAGGACGAUGGCCAGAUCAAUCUCGAUGGGAAGUUUAAGGUGAUUGCCUCGCAUGACAUCCAGUCGGAUAAUAUUAAAACCGGUCCCCAGGAGGUGGCCGCCGCGGCGACCAACGCUAUCUGUAUCACGGUGGCCAGCUUCACUGCCGGUCUAACCUUGCUAAUGGCCAUGCUAAUUCUCUCCGUUCUGGUAACCGUCUUUGUCUGCUUCCGGUUGCGACGCUAUGGGGAAAAGGUCAUCGGGUUGGCCGCUCUGCCGGUGCGGCGGGCGGGCGGUGCCAAACGGAAUGUGGGUGAAUUUAUCCAAGCCACCACGUGCUGGUCACCGCCCAUUUUAACCGCCCGUCACGAGUGAAGUGAUUUGUAAAAAUUAUAGUAAAUAUUUUUGAGCUGGACUCAAAAAAUCAAUGGCAUAUUUGGGUUUUGUUUAAUAAAUUGUGCUCCUU